GCAGGGUUGUUGUUGGCUGUAGGCUCUGCAGGACAUUUGCCCUUCAGAAGCAGGAACGAGCACAUCUGAUUAAAAAUGUUUUAAUAUUGCCAUCAUCAGGGUUGACUAAGACUGAUUGUGAGAAGCUGUAGAGCAGUAAACAGUGGUAGACUGUGGCAGAAGUUCAGCUGGGUUUCUGAAAGAGACACUCAAUUGACAUCUGGUCUUGGAUGAUUGCUUUUCAUGGCUAUGAUGGAACUUUGUGUUUGGAAAGUUCUUAUUUUAGCCCUUUUCUUCUUUCCUGUUGAUGGACAGAGAUUAGGGCUGAUCGCUGUUGAUAAACCAAGAUUAGAGCCGUUUGCUGUUGAUGGACAGAGAUCAGGGCCGUGGUUCUUGGUGACACUUCCUGCAGUGAUUGAAUCUGGCUCUGAUGCCAAAUUGUGUGCAAUCCUUCUGAAACCCAAUGAGAGUCUCACAAUGACCAUUUCUCUGCUUGAUGACAAAAACAUGACAACUCCUCUUGUGCAGCAGACAUCUGAUUCUGCAGCAAUUUACCGCUGCUUUCGUUUCCAGACUCCUCAAGUAGAUGGAGAAUCGGUGCAGAAGCUGAGGGUGGUAGUUAAAGGGAGGUCCUUCAAAAUGACUGAAGAGAGGAAAGUUAUGUUCAGAAGUUACCAGCCUUUGACCUUCAUCCAAACAGACAAACCCAUCUACAAUCCAGGACAAACUGUGAAUUUCCGAGUUGUAACCAUGGAUGUCAAACUUGUGCCUCUUGAUCAAAUGUACACUCUGGUGGUUGUGGAGGACCAUCAAAACAACAGAAUCGGCCAGUGGACAAAUGUUUUCUCAACGGGGUGGAUAUUGCAGCUUUCUCAUGGUUUAAACGCUGAGGCUCAGGUCGGGAUGUAUACAUUGAUGGCUUUUAUUGGUGACCGAAUGACCUCACAGGUUUUUGAGGUGAAAAAAUAUGUUUUACCGAAGUUUGAUGUCACUGUAAACGCACCACAGAUGUACAGUGUUGGAGAUGUGGGGCUGAAGAUUGAAGUUUGCAGUAAAUACACAUAUGGGCAGCCUGUACCUGGUCGAGUGUUGAUGGAUGUGUGCCGUGAGCCAUUUCCAUACGUUGCGGUUCCUGAGGUGACUCGUCUAUGCUUGAAUAAAACUGCUGAGAUAAAUAGCGUGGGCUGUGCCUCCCUCACCUUCCGUACAUCAGUGUUUUUCACUACCAGAUUUGAAAAUAAUCUGCAAGAUGUGUUUCUUAUUACUGCCAAUGUCACUGAGGAGGGAACAGAUGUUGUGAUGUCAAAAUCUGCAACAGUGUACAUUACAUUUGAAGUUGGGAAGGUCACAUUUUUGGAGCUCCCAAAGUUCUUCAACCAUGGAUCAAUAAUUAAUGGAAAGAUCUCAGCAUCUUUUUUCAGUGGGACUGCAAUCUCAAGCAAGGCAGUCUAUCUCCUGGAUGGUCAAUGGCCCAACAAACUGCUGUUGAAUUUGACGACAAACCACAAUGGACUGGCUGCUUUCUCACUCAACACUGCUGAUCUCCCUAAAGCUGAUCUUAGUCUGGUGGCAAGUGCGACUCUAGAAGUUGCUUAUGGUUACAGAUCACCAUACUUCACUUCAGAUACAAGAAUACUUGCACUUCUCCAAUCUGCUAGUCCCUACAGCCAAACGUUUAGUGAACUGACAAUAGUGAAGCUUAAGCAGCCGCUGAAAUGCGGCGCCAAGUAUCCAAUGACAAUCAAGUAUUCGUUUGUUGGAGAGACUGGUAACUACAACACUGAUAUCAUCUAUAUGGUCUUGUCCAAAGGAGUAAUUAUUCUUCAUGGAUUUCAGAGGGUUCAAGCACGGGCUUCUAAUACAGUCACAAGUGGCACGGUAUCAUUCCAGCUGUCUGUUAGUAUUGAUAUGCCUCCAGCAGUGCAGAUUCUGGCCUUCUGCAUUCUACCCAGUGAGAAUGUAAUUGCUGCUAGUGCAUCAUUUGACACAGAAAUGUGUUUCCAAAACCAGGUGUCUCUGCAGUUUUCUCCUGCUACAGCUGUUCCUGACGAGGGAAACAUUUUGACAGUCUCUGCUCAAGCAGGAUCCCUGUGUGGCCUCAGUGUUGUUGAUCAGAGCGUCCUGAUCAUGGAGCCAGGGAGACGUCUGAGUGCAGAAGCGGUUUUCAGCUUACUUCCAGGGCAUUCGCUAUCAGAUUAUCCAUUUGGUGUCGAGGAUGAACAUAAAUGCCUGAAUGUUCGACCUCGUCGAGCGGUUCCUAUAGACCAAGUUUAUGAAGCUUUCAAGAGUGUGGGACUGAAGAUCACAACAAAUCUGCCUGUCCAAGAACCUCAGUGCCUGACGUACAGAGGCCUGAAUUACUAUCGCAACUUCUUCUAUGUUGGCCAUCCUGAAGCGGCUCCUGCUGUAAUACCAGAAAGUGGAGACACGAGCAGUUCCUCUUUUGUCACGACCAUCAGGACUUACUUUCCAGAAACAUGGAUCUGGCAACUCACUCAAGUGGGAGACUCUGGAUCCACACGAGUUCCUCUCAAGGUUCCUGACACCAUCACCACAUGGGAGACGGAGGCGUUCUGCCUGUCCUCCAAAGGUUUCGGUUUGGCUCCUCCUGUUCAGCUGACUGUCUUCCAGCCCUUCUUCCUGGAGCUCUCCCUGCCUUACUCCAUCAUCCGUGGGGAGUCUUUUGAGCUGAAGGCCACAGUCUUCAACUAUCUGCCCAAGUGCAUCAUGGUUAAAGUAACUCCAGCUACACGCUCGGCCUUCACUCUUAGACCAUUUAAUGAGCCGUAUUCAUCAUGUCUCUGUGCCAAUGGGAGAAAGACCUUCAAGUGGGGUCUCUCAGCCUUUGUUCUCGGACCUGUCAAUGUGACAGUCAGUGCUUCAGCUGAACAAUCCCAGACAUGUGGCACUGAGGUGAUUGUGCCGGAGAGAGGACGCAUUGAUGUAGUUACUCGAAGUCUACUCGUUCUACCUGAAGGAGUUGAGAGAACAAACGCCCAGAGUUGGUUGCUGUGUCCAAAGGGAAGUGUUCUUUCUGAAGACGUGAGACUGACGUUUCCAACAAAUGUGAUCCAGGGAUCAGCCAGAUGCUCAGUUUCAGUCCUUGGGGACAUAAUGGGCCGUGCACUGAAGAAUCUGAAUGGGUUAUUACAGAUGCCAUAUGGCUGUGGAGAGCAGAAUAUGAUUGUUCUUGCUCCCAAUAUUUACAUCCUGCAGUACCUGGAAGUCACGGGCCAACUCACCGCAGCCAUCCGACAGACCGCCACCGGUUACCUUCAAAGCGGCUACCAAGGACAACUGAACUACAGGCACAGUGACGGUUCAUACAGCACAUUUGGUUAUGAUGAAUCAAACACAUGGUUGACUGCCUUUGUCCUGAGGUCUUUUGGUCUAGCGACACGAUUUGUAUUCAUCGAUCCGAAUGUCCUUCAGAGUGCGAAGGACUGGCUGAUAAGCCAGAAAGGUUCAAAUGGCUGUUUCAUGCAACGGGGGACUUUGUACCACAAUGACAUGAAGGGUGGAGUUGAUGAUAACGUUACCAUGACCGCCUACAUCACUGCAUCACUGCUUGAACUCGGUGUCCCUGUCACGGAUCCAGUCAUUACCAAUGCUCUAUCAUGCUUGAGGCCUGUCGUUGGGAACCUGGGAAACACUUACGCCACUGCUCUUCUCACCUACACCUUCAGUUUGGCAGGAGAGACCAGAACUCGAUCACAGCUUUUAACCAUCUUGAAAAACCUUGCCAUUUCUGAAGGCACUAAGCUCCAUUGGUCUCAGGCUACAUCUGGUGAUACUCUGGCGGUGGAGAUCAGCUCUUAUGUGUUGCUAGCGGUUCUCUCUGUACAGCCUCUCUCAACGGCUAAUCUGACCCACGCUAACCGCAUUGUCAACUGGCUUGUGGCCCAGCAGAAUCCCUAUGGAGGCUUUUCUUCCACACAGGACACAGUGGUGGCUCUUCAGGCUCUGUCUCUGUACGCCACUCAAGUAUUCAGCUUGGUUGGUUCCAGCACUGUUACUGUAGAGUCCUCAGUGGCAGGAGAUGUUCAUAACUUCGGUGUGACUAGGGACAACAGGCUGCUGUAUCAGGAAAAACCACUGAAGACCGUUCCAGGCAAAUAUAGUGUUAAAGCAACAGGAUCCACUUGUGUGUCUGUGCAGAUUGCAUGUUUCUACAACAUCCCAACACCCAUUAAAGUAGCCAGGACAUUGAGUGUCGAAGCAAAGGUGACUGGAGACUGCCAACCGGUUGGAACCAAUCUCAUGUUGAGCUUCACAGUGAAAUACAAUGGCCCAAAGUCAAGUACUAACAUGGUUAUAGUGGACGUUAAGCUCCUGUCAGGUUUCAUGGCAGAUACGUCACCGCUUGGAUCUCCACCUAAUUCAUUUGCCCCGCUAGUGGAGCGAAUUGAUGCCAGAGAUGAUCAUGUCUUGGUGUAUCUGAAAGAGGUUCCCAAAGGAGUCCCCAUGAGUUACAAUCUGCAGCUGAAACAGGUUCUUGCAGUGAAAAAUAUCAAGCCGGCAGUUAUCAGUGUUUAUGACUACUAUCAGCCAAGUGAUUCAUUUGAGACCACCUACACAUCUACCUGUCCAUGAUUUACUGGUUGGAGUACGACUUUCAAGGUUUCAAAUAAAGCUGCUUUUAUGCAUUGUAAUGUUGUCCUUUUUUUUUUUUUUUUAUGGGUGCUUUCACAUUU